AUGGCAAAGGAUGAGAUACAUCUACUCAUGAAACCCAUGCCAUACCCAAGGCAAAGGAAAAAGCAAUGGAGCCACACACAGGCCAAAGACUGGAUUGGGGUUUGCACGGGAAUCUUCAAGCCUGACAAUGUUAGUGCGGAUGAUGUUGUUAAGAUUGUUGACACAUUCCCUGGUCAAUCUAUUGACUUCUUUGGUGCUCUAAGGGCUCGAGUUUACGAUGAUGAAGUGAGGAAGUGGGUAUCAGGUGUUGGGGUAGAUGGCAUUGGGAAGAAGCUUGUGAACUCAAAAGAAGGUCCCCCAACUUUUGAACAGCCUAAAAUGACAGUGGAGAAGCUCCUUCACUAUGGUCAAAUGCUGGUUCAGGAGCAGGACAAUGUGAAGAGAGUUCAACUGGCUGACAAGUACUUGAGUGAUGCAGCGCUUGGAGAUGCAAACCAGGACUCCAUUAAGAGAGGAGAAUUCUAUGGCAAGGCAGCCCAACAAAUUAAUGUACCUGUCCCUGAAGGCUGUACGGAUCCAUCAGCUGCAAACUUUGACCCAACAGCAAGGAGUGACAAUGGUAGUUGUCAAUAUGAGUAAAUGGGGAGUUGGAAGAAAUAAUGAUAUUGCUUGCUUCCUGGUUUCUUAUCUUCUCUUGUAAUAUACACUUGUAUUUUAUUGGGGAUUAAUGCUUUGUUUUUAUUUAAUGAUUAAAUUAGCUAUUAAUGCUAUAUUAUUUA